GUGUGUAGAAACAAUGCCUGGAAAAUGCCUUCAAAUCACAAAUUUUUAUCAAAUCAUUAAAACUGGAGAUGUGUGGGUGCGUAUGGGUUGAUUGGGUGAAGCCAGGUCGCGCCGUUUACCGCAUACUCUGCUUCAUUUCGAUUGUUUUGCAAGUAGUAGUUGCAAGUCUCUUACUCUAUAUUUUGAUUGCGAAAGAUAAUGACGAAGUCACAAUAACACUGUCAAUAAUACUCUUCAUUAUAUUAAUAAGCCUCAGCCUCGCUCUUUCCCUCAUACUUUGGAAGGAAAAUUUAUUCUCUCUGAAAGUCUAUAUCGUAUGCUACAUAUUCGUGAGCCUAACCAUUACAAUUUACCUAUUGCUUUUCAUUAUACACUUGAUCGGCUAUACGUAUUCGAAGUCCUGGCAGCUCCACAUGCUCUUCGCCGUAUUCACAGCUAAAUGUAUCUAUAAAAUGACUGUAUUGAUCCUUUACGCUGACGCUCUACAGAAGCAGAUAUAAGUAAACUUAACAAAUUUUGUAAAAUGUGAACAAAGUGUAUAAUAAAUUUAAUCGUAUUGGACAUCAA